UGAACAUAUAACAUCAGAUUUACUCGGUUAUUAAUAAUCAAUGAAUUUAUAAGGUUUUUGCAGUUUUUAUUUAUCAAGCGAAAUUUGUGCUUUAAGCGCAUAUAAGUUUAACGCAACUACGGAUUUAUAAAUUCUGGGGCUUUCCAAUAUGGCGUCUUUUGGCUUCAAAAAUUUCGAAAAUUUAUUAGGAGAUGCGCUAUCCAGUUGUUAUAGAGAUCAGUGGUUUGACAAGAGAGCCUACCGGUAGGCUCUCUUGUCAAACCCCUAUUCCGACGCUGUCCUCUAAGUCCGCGAAAUGGCGAGUUAUAAAGCUUUAAAGAUUUUUUGGCGAAGUUACGGAGUUGAGUAAAACUUGUGUUUGAAUAGAAGCAAUUAUUUAACAAAAGUUUAGAACUGGCAGGAAAAAAUUACUUGUUUAAUAAUACUUUUUAUAUAAUCAUAAGGAAUAGAAUGGAAAGUUAAUCACCACGACGUAAAAAUAUUUUAUUUAUAGUCAACAUUAAAAAAAUUUUAACUUAAAUUAAGUUAAAAAUCUUUAAGAUGUCAGGGUUAGGGAACCCUUGACUGAGAUGUUUACACAUAAUAAAUAACUUUAAACUUCACACUGUUAACAACAUGUAAAGAUUUUACAUGUUUUUAAUAGUGUAAAAUUUAAAGUUACAGUUAAAUUUGUUCAAACUUCCAUAUGUAUGUUUGACUAAGACGGUUAUUUGGCCAUUAACAUUUAAAUAUUAAAUAAAAUAUUUUUUAAAAUUAUCUAAAGUUAAAGGUUUAAUUUAUUCAGUCUUCUACUCCCAAUUACUUAUUUACUGUGUACUUUUCAGUAAACAAACUCUAAUCAAACCUUAUUUAAAUUGAUACUCUUUUACCAAGUUUUUUUGUAGCCAAUUGGUCAAUUCUUCUAAGUUUUUUAGAAAAUGGCAACCGUGGAAGAAAUAAGCAAUGAAGUGAUUAAUACCACAUUUUCUGUGUUUGACACUCUACAAAAUGCAGAAGAUUCAAUUAUUAAAUAUGAGAUGCAAACAUCCUCAAAAUUUUCAACGUUUAAAAAAGAUAAAACUUUUAGCGUAAAGGAUUUUGAGUUGAAAAACCACAAAAUACUUUUUGAAGAUAAAAAGAAUAAAUUUCGCCCUAGUCAGCAAAUUAUGUUUAGUGGAGUUCCGUUUAUAAUUGUUGGUUCGAAACAUCUUGAUUGUACUCAUGGAGUCAAUCAUACUAUAUCGCGGAAAAUGAGAAAUCAAGCAGAAAAACUGAAGGCAAAAGAUACUGUUAAUAGUGCCACAAUGUAUGCUAAAAGUCGUUUUUUGUCCCAAGAUACAAAGAAAAUGAACUGCCCUGCAAAAAUUACAAUAAGAGAUGUGGUUUAUUUUCCAGAUUUUAAAGCAGAAGCUAACACUGAACGCCGAAAGCGUACUGUCGCUGAAAAACUGAAGGAGGACUGGAGCAACAAAAAAGAAACAUUUAAUUUUGAUAGAAAAAUUGUUGUUAAUUUCCCCUUAGAAGACGAACACAAAGGUCAUUUAGUUGGAAAAAGGGCUGGUUUGUCACUACAAGUUGAUUCUAAAAUUAUUUCCAAAAUUUAUCAAUUAGUUGGAGAAGGGAUCCGAAAUCCACGUGAAAUGCAAAGAUCUAUUCGUGUAUAUGUAAAAGACGAACUAUUUAGAGGACUAGAAUUACCACCAACAUCAUCUAGAAGAUACUACCCAAAAAUUCAAGAUAUACGAAAUCAUAUGUAUAAAGCUGCUACAAAGUUGAAAUUUUCUAAACUGGAUCAAGAAAAUCUCCAGCAAAAGGUUGAAGAAUGGAGAAAUAAAUACCCAAGAGAUAAGUUUUAUUAUCGUGGUUACGGAGAAGUUACAGACCAUAGCAAAGAAUUAGAAGUUUCAGAAAAAUUUAACAGAGAAAAUGAAGAAGAUAUUUUUUCUAACGUACUUCCUACAAAACAAAAACUUAUUUUUAUUCACCAGACAAUAAGUCAAAAAGAACUUCUUUAUAAAUAUGGCAAUCAUAUAUGCCUACUAGAUGCCACUUAUAAAUCUACUAGAUAUUCAAUCCCGUUGUUCUUUGUUGUUGUAAAAACAAACAGUAACUAUCAGGUAGUAGCGUCCUUUGCAGUGCAAGAUGAAACUACUGAUACAAUAACAGAAGCACUAAAAAAAUUAAGUCAGUGGAAUCCAGAAUGGAACCCUAAGUGUUUUAUGACUGAUAACUGUGAGGCAGAAAUUUUAUCAAUCGAAAAUGUUUUUAAAGAUUGCUUUGUUAUUCUCUGUGAUUUUCACCGUGAGCAAGCGUGGGAAAGAUGGUUGUCUGCUAAUGCAAAUGGAAUGAGAUCAGUCAAGCACACUGCUCUUUGUUUACUUAGACGAAUAGCUGCUUCUGAAACACAGGAAGAAUAUGACAUUGCUAUACAAGCUCUACACAAGGAUCCAAUAUGGAUCUCUACAAAUAGCAUUAAAUUUAAAAAUUACAUAGAAAACACAUGGUUGCCUGAGAAAAAGCGUUGGGUCAAAGCAUUCAGAAGUGGAAUAUUAGAGACAGUUGUAAAUACAAACAACGGUGUUGAGCGAAAAAACAGAGAUUUCAAACAUGAGUUUUUAAAUCAGUAUAAGGAUAACUCGUUAAGUGGAAUGGUGACAGUUCUUGUUGAUCAAUUUAUUCCUGAGACAUACAGCAGGUAUGUGGAAGCUAAUAUUCGUCGCUGCUCAGACUACAGACUCUACAAUAGCAACCUUCCAAAAUGGCUUUGUAAUAAACCUGAGAAUUUCACAAGACAUUGUAUAGAAAAGAUUGGUCUUGUGAAGGACUGCAACAACCUAAAAAUUACAUUCCAUGAAAAUUCUAAGAAUAAGCAAAUGUAUGAGGUAAAAAGCUUCACAAGUGCAAAAAGUUAUAUUGUCACUAUUGGAGGUCAAGACACUAAGUUCCCUGAUUGCCAAUGCAUAGAAUGGAAGAAAACAUUGAUGCCAUGCAAACAUAUGGUAGCAAUCUUUCAACAUUGCGAUGGAGUUAGUUGGGAUUUAUUGCCAGAUAGUUACUGAUUAUCUCCAUACUUUUGUUUGGAUAAUUCAGUCAUUUAUGGUAAUGAAUUUUGUCAUGAAGAAGAAUCUAAUAUAUGUUUUGAAGACAACUUAUCUGAGACACAAGGUCAUGUUAUUUUGGAAAAUGUGCAGAAUAAAAUAUACCCUAAGCAAACAAAUGCAUCAUCAUGUAGAGAUAUCCUUUCUCAAAUAAAAACAUUAAGUUACUUAGUUUAUGAUGAGAAUGUGGUUAAAUCCUUAAAAUUUAAACUUCAAGAAAUCCUAAAUGAGCUUCAAACACUUGUCCCUAAACACGACAACAUCCCAUUAGAAAGGAAUGAAGUUACUAAGAAAAAAAGGUGUGCAUGUGCAAUUUCAAAUAAAUUACCUAAACCAAAAAUUUUGAAAACAAAACUUACCGGCAGAAUUGGAAUUUCGACAGAAAAAAGAAGAAUUGCAUCUAGUAUAAAAAUUUUAGAAAAAGAAAAGGAGAAACAAGAUAUAAUUGAAGAAUAUGCACCUUUAGACGAUUCUUUUUACAAUAUUCCUAUCGAACCAAUGUGAUUUGUCUAUUUUUUAAUCAAACCAAACACUUGAGGCCCGAAAACCCUAACAAAUAUUAGAAUCACUGGUUUGGACCUUUCAAUAGUCCAAUCACACUUCAGAUUUAUGGUGACAAGAAGAGAAUAAGCUCAAAAUCAAAAAAAUUUUAAGAAGGACAAACAGUUAUUAAUAAUUCUUUUAAAUGAAGAUUGUAAAUAUUUUAUAUUUAUUAAAAAAAAGUUUGAUUUGAAGUUAGAGUUAAAAGUUUAACUUUUUAGUGAGACUGCUUAGAGAAAAAAUAGUUGAUAACAACAAUUGUUAGUCAAUAGUAUCACUUUUAGUUAAUUGGUUUUUUUAGUUUGGCUUUUUUUUAGAAAUAUUUCAGGUCUUUAUUUUAAUAAAGUUUUUUUUAAAGUUUAGAUGAAGCGUUUGAGAGGAUCUGUCAGUAUUUUUAUUAUUAGUUUUUUAAAAUAAAUUAAAUUACUUCUUUACUUUAGACUCAAUGGAACCUGGGGUAUGAGUCUUAUUACAUUGUAUUAUUCCUAAUAUAAGUAGGAGUCCAAUAUUGUCUAGUUAAGGUUUAACAUUAUUUCUGUUGAUUUUCUUUAAAAGCCUUUUUUUUAUGUCAUAUUGUUAAAAACCAAGAAAUAUUUUUAUA